AACAGGGCGGAUGUUAUGGACUAUGAUUCACUGGGCUGCACAUUUCUCUGCAGCUCUUCUCUUGAAGAAUGCUAUCUCACCCGAUUAUUGGAAAAUCAUGUAGGAGAGGUUGUGUAGUCUGGUGCAGAAAAAGGACUUGGAUAGAGCUGAAAAAUGCCCAUGGGUCAUAGUUUCUCAACCGUGACCAUCAUGCUCCAGAUAUGUGUGAUGAUGUGUUUGCCGUCAGUUGUCUUCUCUCAAUCAACACAUUCCUUGCCCAAGAAAGGUCGCAACAUCACCAUCCACUCCUCACAGCUGGUCUGCAGCAUUCCAGGCCCAGCAGGGCCUGCUGGUAACCCCGGAGCCCCUGGAUCUCCAGGGGCCAUGGGCCCCAUGGGGCCCCCAGGGAAGGAUGGCCCGGAUGGGAAGGAUGGAGAGAAGGGACAAAAGGGAGCAGCAGGUGAUCCAGGGAGGACAGGGAACCAAGGCAAGCCAGGUGUGAAAGGGCGGGAAGGUAUCAUCGGCAAAGCUGGACCUCGAGGACUGAAGGGGCUGCGAGGAAUACCGGGGAUAGCUGGAAAACGAGGACAAAAAGGAGAGCCAGGCGACACGGGCCAGCAAGGAGCUCCAGGAGGGUGUAGUUGUGGCAGUGCGGCCCGGUCAGCCUUCUCUGUGGCUGUGACAAAGAGCUACCCUAAAGAACGGAUGCCCAUCCGCUUCAGCCGGAUUCUGCUGAACGAGGGGAAUCACUACAACGCCAGCAGCGGGAAGUUUGUCUGUGUUGUCCCUGGGGUCUAUUAUUUCACAUAUGAUAUCACUCUGGCAAAUAAGCACCUGGCCAUUGGGCUGGUCCACAAUGGACAGUACAAGAUCAAGACAUUUGAUGCGAACACAGGGAACCAUGAUGUAGCGUCUGGUUCUACUGUCCUCCACCUGCAGCAGUCAGACCAGGUCUGGCUGCAGAUCUUCUACUCAGAGCAGAACGGACUCUUCUUUGACCCUUUCUGGACAGACAGCACCUUCACUGGCUUUCUUAUCUAUGCCGACCAGGACUAUCUCAUUGAGGCUGAUAAAAAAGCUAACGCUCAGGAUGACAGUCAAUCCUGAGAUAGAUUUUUUUUUAUUAUUUUAGUAACUGGCUAAAGAUUGCUCCACAAUGGAAGGCCUCAGUGAAUCAUUAACAUGUUCUGACACCAGGGGGCACACCAGGAAAGACAAGUCUACCACAGUUGGGGAAACACUUGAAACUGUUUUAAUCUGAGCCCUGUGUUUUGGCCUCAGUAUCCCUAAUGGUGCUAUGAUUCUGACAAGAUCUUUUAAGAUAUCUCCAAUAAGCAAUAAAUAAGCAUACAGGUUG